GGGGGCACAGGCUUUGGAGCUGGAUGAGCCUCAGUAAAGGAAACAGUAUUGGCCUGUGACUAGAGGCGGGGGGGGUGUAGUUUGGCUUCCUCUCGCUCUCUGUCUUUACUGCUGCUGCUUUUGAGGAAUAAGGACUGCGGAGGAACAUACACGAGAAAGGAGGGGAGGGCUUUAAGCCCUGAAGUGUAUUAAUUUUUUUAAAAAAAGGAAUUUACUUCCUACAUAUCCCCCCUCUUCUUUUUCUGCCCUCCUUUUUUUCUCCCAGAAAGCAACAGUAGGAGGGAUCUUUGCAGGGUGAAGAUCUCAGCACAAUCUGGAGAGGAUUUCAGCUUUCGGGGCUGGGAAGUUUUGCAAUUUCGAAAGAUCUCUGUCCCCCUCCCUUUCUCUCCCUUCUCGUUAAUCUUUUUGCCUUCCUAUAUACUGGCCUGUUUUAAGGACAGAGGACUUUUAUUGCAUCUAAAUCAGAGUUUUUAUGAAGGCUUUUUUUGCGGGUUUUUUGUUUUGCAGGAUCGUUUUUUUAUGGGAUUUCUGAAGUUGAUGCAGUUGUAUGUGUUGCAUUGAAAAGGAGAGAGGGGCGUCAAAAACACUCAUAAUCGCAGGCGUCCUUCCGUGCUCCCACCCGCAUUCAUACACACACACACACACACACAAAUUAUAUGAAAUAAUGAACAGACCCUUAAAAAGUAAAACGCUGAAGAAUGUGAUCCUCUAACUUCGGGAGCAGCUUGAGUUGACUGAACCAAAAAAGCCGGCUUGUAGGACUUGCGUGUUCCCCCCCCCUCCGAAAAAGUGUGGGGAGGAGGUGAAAGAAAGCAAAAUUCGUGGAAUUUUUACAAAAAUGUUGAUGGGGGGAUAGCUUUGGAAAACUUCAAAAUCUCCUCAUCGCUGGGGUCGGCAUCAAGUCUUGGGAGUGCCCCCAGAAGGGUGAGGAUGGCUGCGGAGCUGAGCCCGGAGGAGGAGCAGGCCACCAAGCAAUUUCUUGAAGAAAUUAACAAGUGGACAGUCCAGUACAAUGUGUCUCCUCUCUCUUGGAAUGUGGCAGUCAAGUUCCUUAUGGCCAGGAAAUUCGAUGUCCUCCGAGCAAUUGAACUCUUCCAUUCCUACAGAGAAACCAGGCUGAAGGAAGGGAUUGUAAAGCUGAAGCCUCACGAGGAGCCCCUCCGCUCAGAGCUGCUUAGCGGGAAAUUCACAAUCCUGAGUGUACGAGAUCCAACUGGAGCCUCGAUUGCCCUCUUCACUGCCAAGUUGCACCAUCCCAACAAAAGCAUCCAGCAUGUGGUACUCCAAGCCCUCUUCUACUUGCUGGAUAGAGCUGUGGAGAGCUUUGAAACUCAGCGGAACGGCCUGGUGUUUAUAUACGACAUGGCGGGCUCCCACUAUACCAACUUUGAGUUGGACCUCAGCAAGAAAAUCCUCAACCUACUGAAGGGAGCCUUUCCAGCUCGCCUCAAGAAGGUGUUCAUUGUGGGUGCCCCGAUGUGGUUCCGAGUUCCUUACUCCAUCAUCAGCCUGCUGCUCAAAGAGAAACUCAGAGAAAGGAUUCAGAUGGUGAAGAUGUCUGAGUUGAAAGAGCACCUUCCCCAUGAAUGUCUCCCCGAGUACCUGGGUGGAUCCCUCAAACUGGAUCCCCUCAGCUGGAACUGCCGGUUCCUCCCGCAGCAGAACGGCCACCCGGACCCUCUUGAUGAGCUGAUCCUGGUGCCUCUGGCCUCCCCUCGCGACAACGGGUCGGUGCACACCCCAGGCCCAAAGUCUAUGACAGUGCAGGAGGUGCUGGAGCAUGUCAACCAGAAGCAGAAGCGGGGAAUCUACGAAGAGUACGAGGGCAUCCGGCGCAGGAGUCCAUCAGGCACUUUCGUCUGCUCCUUAUCUCCCUUUAACCAGGAGAAGAACAGAUAUGGGGAUGUGCCGUGCCUUGACCAAACCAGGGUGAAGUUGUCCAAACAGUUCAGCUACCCAGAGCUGACGGAUUACAUCAACGCCAGUUUCAUGGAUGGCUAUAAACAGAGGAAUGCUUACAUUGGCACUCAAGGGCCACUAGAGAACACGUAUGGUGACUUCUGGCGCAUGGUGUGGGAGCAAAACGUGCUGGUGAUCGUCAUGACAACAAGGCUUGAAGAAGGAGGCAGAAGAAAGUGUGGCCAGUACUGGCCAUUGGAGAAAGACUUCCAGACUUGCUAUGCAACCUUGACGGUCACCAACCUUGGAGUGGAGAACCUCAGCCAUUACAGGAAAACCAUUCUGGAGAUUUACAACUGUGAGAGCCGAGAGAGGCGCCUGGUGACCCACUUCCAGUAUGUGAGCUGGCCCGACUAUGGCGUCCCUUCUUCGGCAGCGACCCUCAUCGAUUUCCUGGGGGCGGUUAAGCAGCAACAGAGGGUGGCAGUAAGUGCCUUGGGGCCACGCUACAAAGGUCAUCCAGGCGGGCCACCGAUAGUGGUGCAUUGCAGUGCUGGCAUCGGCAGGACAGGUACCUUCUGCGCACUGGACAUCUGUCUGUCGCAGCUGCAGGAUGUGGGCACGCUGAAUGUCUACCAGACGGUGGUGCAGAUGAGGACGCAACGAGCCUUCAGCAUCCAAACCCCAGAGCAGUACUAUUUCUGCUAUUUGGCCAUCAUUGAGCAUGCGCAGAGAGAGAACCUGCUACCUGCCUCCUACGCCAGUGCAGGAAAGGAGAACAGCUAAUAAGAAUCUUGGCCAAUGGCCAUAACACAGUAGGGACCAGCCCACCAUCCGCUUCCUCCCUCUUGACCAAUCCGGAUUUGUCAGCGUCUUCAGAUGCAGCAUCGCCAGUGACACUGAUGCGAGAGCCAGCUUCUCUACACACAACGCUCUCAAAAACCUUUUAUUUGACUAGCUGGCUAGGACAAGUCGCAACUGGUACCCAUGGGCUAUAAAAGCUUGCAGUCUUCAUGACUAGCACCCUUGACUGAACUGUGCCUUAUUAAACAAAUAAUAAAACCCAAACUUAUGGCCCUGAUUUGCCAUUGGAGGCAAACAGGGAGAAGAUCCAAUUCUUUGCUGUGUGAGUAAGCGUCUUCCUUUUUUUUUUUUUUGCGAUGGAGAGGACGUAGUUUCCCUGGUGUUGAUGCUGUAGGAACCCUUUGCAGCUAUAUCUGAGGCUGAGUUUGAAGAAACCCCAACACUUCAGUCUUACCCACCACUAAGUCUGUGUGUCUGUAUGUACAUAAUAUACGCUCGUUGUUCCACAAUGUAGCCAGUAUUCUCUUGACAUAGAUAAGAUGCAGUGUCAUAAUGUCUUACUGGGACCUCUUUUAUUGAGUGGCAAUGUCCAGUGUUACCAUUAAUUAUAUUAGUGGCUCUGUCUAUUCCAGCCUUCAGCAACCUGGUGCCCUCCAGAUGUUUUGGACUGCAACUCUCAUCAGCCCCAGCUGGAGGGCACCAAGUUGCCAAAGACUGCUGUACCCCCUCUGUGCCAGUCCAGUCUAGUCCACCCCAAUGUAGCUUUAGAAUACUCGCAAAUACGCACAUGUUGUACAGAGUGUGUGCAGAUGAACUACAGGUUGUGAUGUCAUGUUGCACAAAUGCCUGGUGUAUUUGUGUGAUGCCACAGUGGGGUCCACCCCAUCCUACGAGGAUCUUCUGUGCCGCAUCUUGAUAGGACCCUCUUUUUUUCCACUCCCACCCCCCUUCUUUGCCUCCAUUUUAUUUUAAGGCGGCAGAAAAGGUUAUUAACUAGGGUGAGGAUCCGUGGAUUUCUUUUUCCACAGUGUGGGCGUGGAGGUGUGUGUGUAGGAAACACUUGCACAUUUCCCACUUGCCAGGAGCACUUAAGUGGUUGAUGGUACGAAGUACACAGCAGGGGGCCAGGGGGGUUGUUUCCACUUAGCGGGGCUUUGCCCCCAACAACUGGGAGUGGAGGAUGGGGACUUGACAUUGGGCUCAGAGCUGCCCUCUUCCGUAGCCCUCCUUUGUCAGCCUGCCUGAGCCAGGUGAUGGUGAGGAUUGAGGAGAGAGAAGCUGAGGCAAGCGCCUGUCAGAGCCCCAUAGGGAAGCUUGGGAGCCAAAAGAAAAAAGGGAGGACCAUCCGAAUUCUUGUCUUCUCCUCUCCAGCUUCCUUGCCUUGCAUAGCCUGCCGAUGACAAAUUUGCAAGCAGCCAGCUUUCUUCAAGAAGACUGACACCAGUGGUGGCUGGUGGCUCCAUAUCUGUGGGGCAGUGAAAUCCACUCCAGGUUUUAUUCUGAACUUUGAAGAAGCUGUCCAAGGUACUGGGUUCAGCACCUUGGACAGCUCCUUCAGAAUGUGGACUAAAACCCGGAACAGAUUUCACUCCCCCAUAGAUAUGGGGCCACCAGCCACCACUGGCUGACACCCCACCCCCUUUCUGCUCACAGAAGAGGAGAGCAGCGUUUGAGCCAAACUCAGUAACUUUAUACUGGAAUAAGCUCUUUUGAAUGUGUAUAUUUUUUCUUUUUUACAAUCGCUCUACUGUUUUCCUUUCUCUCUCGGUUUUGUAUUUAACAUUAACUUGAUUAAAUCCGAAUUGAAGAUAAUUGUAAAUGUUCCUAUUCGCUGUUGUAUGGCGAUUCUCUCUUUCUCUGUCUCCCCCCACUCUUUUUUUUAUUUACAAAUAAAUAUACCUA